CCAACACCUCACCUCCCUCUCUCCAACAACCGCCGAGACCUCUCCACCACAACCAUCACAACGCCGCGAAUGGAGCUCCUUGACAUGGUGCCCGCUCUCCGCCUCUACUCCCUCCCAGCAGCGGCCGCCGCAGCUUGCUCUCUCUGCGCCUGGCUCGUGGCCGCCCUCGCCGCCGCCGCCGCCGUCGGCCUCUGGCGCAUCCGCGCUGUCGGCGUCUCCAAGCCCGACGCCGGCGUUCGCGGCGGCAGCGCCCUCGUGAAAGAUAAGCAGGCGCAUGCGGCUCCGCCGUCGUCGGCUGCCAUUGAAGAACCGAGGCCGGCGGCUCAGGCCGAGACGGCGUCCGCGAGCGAGCCGAGCACGCCGUCCAAGGUCCGCUUCGCAGCGUACUACGGCGGGUCAGGGAACGACGGAGUAGUGGACGGCGUCAGGAAAUGGGCGGACGCGGAGGAUGACGACUGCGCGCGCGUCGUCGUCGGCGAGGUGGACAUGGUUCUGAGAAGGACGGCGUCGGCGCCGGGGAGAAGAAUGGCCACGGCCUUGGCGGCGGCGCCGUGGGAGGAUAGGGAGAUGGCCGUGAAGCGGAGGGGCGACCUGGGGUGGUACCGUCACCUCGACAUGGGAGCUCUCGACGGCAGCGUCGUGAGACUGUGGGACGGCGAGCUGACGGCGUCGCCGAGGGGGCGGCGGAGGAGGGCAGGAUUGGAAUUACAAUUGUCAUUAUAGACUAGCUAGAGGCACCGGAGUUAUCCGUGUAUGUUGUGAUGUAGGAGCAUUGGGACGUUACUAGGGGAUAUGACAAUUUUACCCUUUAGAUUGUCAUGUUAUGGCCGAGGGCAAAGCGCUCUCACGUAGCCGUGUACUCGUGUGAGGGCACAAAUAGAAUUUGUAAACAGUUCCUUGCAUCCAUGGAGAUUGGGAAAUUCUCUUGUUCUGC